AUGGCUCUGGUAGCGAACCCCAAGAUCAGGGGCGCCUACUACUCUCUUCCAACACCGAUUUCGUCACCCGCAACGAGGAGCGAGUUGAGGCAGCUGCAGACGGUAAGGCCUCUUAUCUUUCUUCGCGCGGAGGAGAGGGCCAUUUUGCCACUAAGGAGAACGCGAUCACACGAGUUCGCCGCACUGUGCUGUCAUCGAACCUCAUUGGGGGCGGAGGCCGCUGCCACGGAGGAAGAGCUCCCUUUGGAGACGGCGGGGUUGUCCUCGCCGUCCCUGGUCGGUACGAUUCUCUGGUCCGACGUGGCGGUGAUACGACGGGGGAAGGGGCCCUGGGGGAGGCCAUGGAACGCUUCGGACGUGGGGACGGCGGCGGUGGUGCUAUCGAUGCACGUUCUCUGCCUGUUUGCCCCGUGGACUUUCAGCUGGGGUGCGCUCUGGACGGCGGGAGGGCUCUAUAUCGUGACUGGACUGCUGGGCAUCACGCUCUCCUUCCACCGCAAUCUUGCCCACCGGAGCUUCAGGCUCCCCAAGUGGCUCGAGUACACCUUCGCCUACUUCGGUGUGCAGGCACUCCAGGUGAAGUCCCUCCUCUGGCGAUUAAGCUAGGACACCCUCCGACACCAACCGUCCCCUAAUGUCUCUGGUCAUGAAAACGUCGGUUGAUUUCUUCUGCCACGUAAUGCAGGGGAACCCUCUCGACUGGGUAAGCACCCACCGAUUCCACCACCAACACUGUGACUCAGACCUGGAUCCCCACAGUCCUCUCGAGGGGUUCUGGUUUAGCCACGUAAGCUGGCUCUUUGACACAGCCUCCAUCGUUCGAAGGGUAAAAGACAGACACCGUUUUCUGUGACUAAAAGCCUUACUCUUGUUCCUGACGAACCGCGCGCUGCAGUGCGGAGAGCGUGACAACGUGGGAGACCUUGAGAAGCAGCCAUUCUACCGCUUCCUCCGGCAGACCUACGUUCUUCACCCAAUGGCACUCGCGCUUCUCCUCUACAAGCUUGGCGGACACUCGUACCUCGUCUGGGGCAUGGUAAACGGAAUAGACAUCGGACCCCGUCUCUCAUCAUUCCCGCGCACUGCAAAUUCAUGCCCUCGGUUCCUCUGGCAGGGUGUGCGGAUCGUGUGCGUGUACCAUAUCACUUGGCUCGUCAACUCCGCGUGCCACGUCUGGGGGCAGCAAGCCUGGAACACGGGUGACCUAUCCCGCAACAACUGGUGGGUGGCCUUGCUGGCUUUCGGGGAAGGAUGGCACAACAACCAUCACGCGUUCGAGUACUCUGCCAGGCACGGGCUGGAGUGGUGGCAGCUUGACAUUACGUGGUACGUAGUGCGGCUACUGCAGGCAUUGGCUCUAGCCACCGAUGUCAGGCUCCCCACCAGGGCGCAUAUGGAGAAAAUGCGUCCCCAAGUCUGA